GCAGUGAGCAUGGCCAGCAACCCCAGUGCACUGCCCCGGGUAACCUUCCAGACACCGGAGAAACCUGGGGAGGAAUCAUCACACAGGAAACUGGGCAAGCUGACCAUAAAGUAUAACCGCAAAGACCUACAGCGCUGGCUAGACCUGGAGGAAUGGAUCAAUGCCCAACUGCAGGAGCUAUACCAAUGCCGGCUAAGGGAAGAAACAGAGACAGCAGCUCCUGAACCACAAAUUGAUCUUGAAGAUCUCCUGGAGGUCCCUAAUGAAGAACAGAAAUUAAAACUACAGGAAAUCCUCCAUGAGUGCUCCAGCCCUACAGAGGACUUCAUUACGGAAUUGCUUAGUCGAUUGAAAGGUCUCCGGAGAGUCACCAAUCCUCAGAAGAAAUGACCUUGCUCACAUGGAACACCCAGCUUUGGUCACAAGGAAACGUGUGUCUUCUCUACAAAAAACAGGAUCAGCAACAGCACUUCUGAAUAUGUUUAGGACUUAUUACUGAGAAACAUCACCAAGUUUGUGAACUUUGUACCAGUGGUUUGAAGUCUCCACUGCUUCCAG